AUGACUGCUGAAAAUCGUGAUGCUUAUUCAAGUUCGAAUCAUUUACCACCACGUCCUCAAACUCGUUCUAAUAGUUUACGAACGCGACCAUCAAGAUCAUCUACGGAUAAUCAUAUUUUGCAUCGUACUUUAGCUAGUCGAUCUCCGUCAUCAUCGAGUAUUAUUCGUCGAAGACGAGAAUCAUCGACACAACAAAAUGAUCGAUUAAGAAAAUCUACUUAUUCUUCCAUCAUUAACACCAACUCACGCUCAUCAACUGUUCUUCCGUCAAUCAAUAACUCACGAUAUGUCGAAAGUUUACACAAUAAUGAAGAUGAUGAUGAAUUCGAUAUGAGAUCAGAUACUGUUAGUGUUAUUGAACUAAAUAAUCAAAAUCGAUUGGUGAUCAAACAGACUGGUCGUGGUACAGCUAAUUUAAGAUCUCAUCUUCUAGUUCACAAAUUAACAGAUUAUGCGUUUAAAUCUCAAGAAGAACAACGAGUUUUAAAAAUCAAUAAAACCUCUUCUAAUCAUUUGGCUGUACCACGUAAACGUGAAAUUGACGAAGCUGUAUUGAAUUGCAUCGUCGAAGGUGGUCUACCAUUCAAUCUAUUUAAUCAUGAUGCAAUAAUUAAACUUCUUGAUUUACUUGAACCUGGUCACAAGCCUCCUGAUCGUGGUACACUUUCCUUACGUAUACAUAAUCAAUAUCAUCAGCAUAUUCUUGAUCUUAAAUCUGUUUUGCCUCAUAUUGGUCCAAUUGCCUUUACUAGUGAUUUAUGGAAAGAUGUCUCUCAUCAACAUAUUAUUUCACUCUCUCUACAUACAUUCUCUAUGGAAUUUGAUUUUGUUUCAUUACCAUUAUCGUUUCAUCAAUUUAAUGAACAAAAAUUGACUAUCAAUAUAAGAUCAUUUUUCGAGUAUGAAAAAGAACGUUUUGGAUUAGGUACACGCAUUUUAUCAGGCAUUAUUACUGAUAACGGUCCCGACAUCAAAAGUGGAGCAUCUUCAAGCGUACUUGGUCCUCGAUAUGCUUGUCUUGCUCAUUGUCUCAAUCUUGUUGUUCAUCAUGGUACAUGUGUGUGGGAUCUACCAAAUCCAAAAAGGUAA